CCCGUGAUAAUGCGGCAUGUCAGGUGGUGCAAUACCGGCUAAACAUUUUGAUGAUGAGGAAGGAAUCCUAUGUGGGUAUGAAAGAUAUACGUAUCGCUUUGGGUGCCUCUCUUCCUCCAGGUUCCUCGAUGAGUACGCCAAGCAUAAUUUGACCUUCUGGGCCGUGACGGCCGAGAAUGAGCCGACAGCUGGGCUGAUCGAUGGCUACCCUUUCCAAUGCUUGGGCUUCACGGCUGAGCAGCAACGAGACUUCAUUGCCCUGGACCUGGGGCCGGCCCUAGCAAACAGCUCCCACAAGGACAUCCGUCUCAUCAUCCUAGAUGACAACCGGGUGCAUCUGCCCCACUGGGCCAAAGUGGUGCUGAGUGGAGACAGCAAGGCCUACCGCUACGUCCAUGGCAUCGGUGUCCACUGGUACCUAGACUUCAUCGCUCCCAUUGCGGACACAGUGGCGAUCACGCAUCAGCUCUAUCCGGACUAUUUUGUGAUUUCGACAGAAGCCUGUGCUGGAGCACACUUCUGGGAGAAGGAUGUCAUGCUCGGCUCUUGGGAUCGGGGCAACCAGUACAGCCGCAGCAUCUUGGCGAACCUCAACAACCACGUUACAGGCUGGGUCGACUGGAACCUGGCUCUGAAUUUAGAAGGGGGCCCCAACUGGGUCAAGAACUUUGUGGACAGUCCGAUCAUCGUGGACGCGGCCAACGACGUCUUCUACAAACAGCCCAUGUUCUACCACAUGGGGCACUUCAGUAAAUUCAUCCCAGAAGGCUCCCAGCGGGUUGGCUUGACCGUCAUCCAGAAAUGCCUGGGUUGCAACUUGGAGCAUGUGGCCGCCCUUCGCCCCGAUGGGUCAGCCGUGAUGGUUGUCCUCAACCGAUCCGGCUUGAAUGUCUCCUUUGGGAUUUCCGAUCACGCCGGCAUGAUCCUGACCGAAAUCCCUGCCAACUCCAUUCAGACCUAUCUCUGGAGGCGCGGAUGAUGACGUUGGCCCACGGUUGACGCCUUGGAGGGCAGGGCAGGGACGGGAGCGCUCUCGAGGUUUGCCGUCGCCUUUGGGAACUCUUUCUUGGCAUUCACCAAAACUUGGCCUACCUCAUUUGCUUUCCAUGCCAAAGCCGAGGGCUGGCAUGAGCCAAGGGAACGGCACAUCCGGACCAUACUUUCUGCAGGCUUGGAAAAUUGCUAGUUGUAUAUCCUCAACCAAAAUGAAGGAGCCGGGAUUGGCAUUCCGAUCUAGAAGGGAAGCAAUGUGUUCCCUUUGUCUGCUUCUUGGGAAUCAUUUCCAAUAUCUAUACACAUAAUAAAAGUGAAAAUAUGUAUGUA